CCAAGUUAUGGAGGACAAGAAUUUGGGUGUAGAAACCCUGAGCGAGGCAGUGCUUAACAGACUUGGUAACAUGCUAGACAAUCUAAAGUGUGGUUGGAAACAGCUGGCAAGGGCAUUGGCCGAACAGCCACAGUUCUGCUGCAGUGACAAAGAGCUGAUUGACUGCUCACUCAAAGUGCUAAGUCCAGAUGGCAGUCCUGGCCGAUACCUGCUUGCCCUCCUUGCAGAUAGAGGGUGUACCUUGGCUUUCCUGCUUCAGUGCCUGAAGAAAAUUGAGCACAGAGAGGCUGUUGGAUUUCUCACUACACAUGUGAUGGAGCAGAUUGACAUCAAAUGUCAGCCACAGAGUCAGCGGGUACCAGAGGGAAGGCCCGUGGUUCUGAGCUGCAGAGCCGUCGGACCUGUGGACCUCGCCUACCAGUGGUUCAAGGGCAAAGAUGAGGUGCCAGGAGGCAAUGGCCCAGAGCUGGUGCUGAAUCCUGUUAAUCCAGCUCAACAGGGUCCCUACAUCUGCCGUGUAAGUUCUGGGGACAAGUACGUCUUCUCCGACUGGGCCCAUGUACGUCUAGUGAGGUCUGGAGGCACAAGUGCAGGUUCCAGCAGUGACUAUUUCCCUUCGUCAGCUAGUGGGGUGUACAUAACUCGGCAACCUAGGCCUCAAGUGUUGAUGGAGGGAGACACUCUCUAUCUCGAAUGUACUGCUCAGGCCAACCCGCCUCCCAAGUUUCAAUGGUAUCUUAACAAACAGCCAAUGCCAAACUGUACUAGAAGCAUCUUAAAGAUUCCAUGCAUAACCACAGCAGAUAGAGGUACAUAUACUUGCAAGGUUUACAACCUCUAUCAUGAAGCAUGGAGUGAUCAGGUCCAAGUAAACAUCGGUCCUGGUUCCUUUUCUGAUCCCUCGUGGGAAGCGCCUAAAGUAGGUGCUCCUGAUGCAGGUCCAAGGCAAAUGGGUGAUUGUUGCGCCACUGAUAAGGUAGCACUGCUUAUUGGAAACAUGAACUACCUGCAUCACCGGCAGCUGAGAGCUCCCAUGGCAGAUGUGCACGAGCUAACAAACCUUCUACGUCAGUUAGACUUUAAAGUCGUUUCUCUGCUGGACCUCAACUGGCAGGAGAUGCAUAGUGCUGUUACCGAGUUCUUGCUGCUGUUGGAUCGAGGUGUUUAUGGGCUGUUGUACUUUGCUGGUCAUGGCUAUGAAAACUAUGGGAACAGUUUCAUGGUACCCAUCGACGCUCCAGCCUCAUAUACCUUCAAGCACUGCCUCUGGGUGCAGGAUGUGUUACAGCGCAUGCAAGCGCGCCAGACGGGACUUAAUGUCUUUCUAUUGGACAUGUGUCGGAAACGAAACCCAAAUGACGAGAGCAUCCCACAACCUGGCCCCUUGAGAGUGACAGCAAACAUAGUGUUUGGCUAUGCAACGUGUGUUGAUGCCGAAGCAUUUGAAGUAAAUAAAGACGAUCUCUCUAAUGGAAUCUUCAUGAGCUUCCUUAAGAAAAGACUGAUGGAGCCAGAGAAGGUUACGGUCAUACUUGACAAAGUAGCUGAAGACAUGGGAAGGUGUGAAAUCACUCGUGGUCGGCAGGCUCUAGAGCUGCGAAGUAAUCUCUCGGAGCGUCGUGCCCUGACAGACAGCAUUCAGGCUCCUGCAUGCCAAGUCACAGCGUCAACUCGAAACUUACAGUGGGCCAUCGCUCAUGUCCUCCCAGAGAGCUGCUGUCUUCAGUUUGAAUGUGGUGUCAAGGUACAGCUAGGUUUUGCUGCAGAGUUCUCCAAUAUCAUGAUCAUCUACUCUCGGAUAUUGGAGACUCCUGAAGACAUUGUGUUCUGCUCUGCUCAGCUCUCGGAUUUUACAGAGGGUCCUGAAGUAGACCUGAAGCACAGCAAUCAGGAGAGUCUUCUCGAGGCUGGCAGCUUACUACUGUCCAUGGAUGAUCUACUGCCUCUGGAACAGCCCCAGCUCUUCACUCGUAUUAGUGCCCUGCAAAGGCUCAAGAAAGAGCUCUCGUUCACUGUUUGUCUACACUACAAGUAUACUAAUCUGGAUGAAGAGGUCUUGGAAGAGCAAAGAGUCAGUGUAGGCAAACCAUUAGUGUCAAAACUCAACCUCCAUGAGCCACGACUUUCUCCCACCUCCUCCUCUGACCGACAAAUCUCCAGUAUUAUGGAUUCUUCAUCCUUCAGUGAAAGCUUCAGAGCUAACCUGCCCGACGUAAACCCGUUCUCCAUCAGAUCUGAAUCCACAUCAUGGUCCUGCUAUCAAGGACCCAUGGAAUCACCCACAUUUGCUAGCUUAAAGAAUGAACCAGAGGAAACCACAUGUCCUGAGUUCCUUGAAUCCGAAGAACCUCCCGCCAUCAAGAGUUUGCCUAGCGCCUCUUCUCAGGAGCUCCCAUUUAAAUUUAGCAACUUACCUACUUCCAUUUAGCAGGAAAGUGUUCAAAGCUGUGCAUCAGUGUAUGGUACAGUGUGAUAUAUAUAUAUAUAUCACCCUGACUGCCAUGUUACAGGGGCUUGUGAAUGUAAUAUAACUGAGAAAGUUGGUGUACUCUUACAGUUUACAGUUAUCUUAUUUGCAAAUGCAUUAAAUUAUCCUAUUUGUCUUC